AUGGUGUGUCAUACGCUUGCUGCGGUACUACUGCUAUCAAUCAUCAGACACGUCACUGGUGGACUUCCUGGUGGCGAUUGCAUUGAGCCAUGUGUUCGAGAAAUGCAAAGUUCGCUGGAGCAGACUCCGAUGCUACAAAGCGAACAACUCGGACAACUAUCAUUCACACAGCUUGCUGGUCAUUCACAUGAUCGUCAACAUACGCAAGAUGCGUUUUCAUUAAUAUGCCAAGCGUACGUAAAAGUGGACGCAUGUCUGGAACAAUGCGAAAAAACGUCCGAAUCCUCCGCACGGGUACGUCAAACAUAUGCCGGAAUACGAUUUAUAUGUGUGGAUCAUAGGACAGAAUUCUUCGAAUCGUUGCCGUGCUUAGCGAAAUUCGAACCGGUAGCGAUGCAGGAAUGUCGCCGUGAAAUCAACGAAUCCUUAGUGGCUAGUAAUCGUUUCUCCACAACAGUGAUGCGAAAAGAACAGCAUAAUCUUCGGAAUCAUUUCGAGGCGCUUUGCAGAAAACUAGGUGCAAUGAUCGAAUGUGUCGAGCCGGUGACUAGAGGUGGUUGUGGCGAUAAGGCGGCGGUGAUGAUGCUUCGUUUUAUCACCGUUGGCUUCAGCAGCUUUGAACAGCUCUACUCUCAGCUUGGAAUAUCGGAUCAAUUACCAGCUUCCUGUAAAUCGCUUCUGUCGUUGCGAAGACGUAUCCCAGAGCCGCGAGUCCGUGCCACAAACGCACGACUCUCCGAAUCAGAAUUUAUUCCACAGCUUAUCUCUUCUACCGUAACCCAUAGUCCUUAUGAUGGCGAGCUUGCUAGUUCUUGUCCGAAUGGACAACCGCUUCUCGAACACAAUAAGCGCCAUCUGACGCAUACUGUGCCUGGAAUUCCGGUCGAUGCGCUUUCGGACGACUUCUACAAGUCGACUCAUCGUCACAGUGGGAUCAUUCUGAUUUUGGACGAUCCUCGUUCGUGGCAAACAUAUGGGAUCAUUAUUGAUGAGGAUUAA